AUGGCAAUGAAAGUAGCAAUGACGGUGGCAUGUGGGGUUGGCGAUGGUGAUGGUGGCAGCAACAAUUAUAAGGGUAUGUGGAAGAGGCGGUGGCAGCAGCGUGGUGGUUAUGGUGAUAGUGAUGGCGGUUGCAGUGGUGGUGGUGGUGGCAAUGAUGGUAACAAUUAUGACAACAAUAACAACAAUGAUGGUAAUGGUAAUGGUAGUUGUAGUUGUGGUGCUCGUGGUGGCGAUUAUGGUUGUGGUUGUGACAGCAACGGUGGUGGUGGUGGUGUCGUUGGUAGUGGCAACGAAUGUGGUGGUAGUGGCGGUGGUGAUGUAAGGUUAGUGGCUAUAGUGGUAGGUGGUCACUUUGUUCCCCAAGAGUAA